CCGUGUGGCCGGGAUCCCGUCACUUUCCACUCUUGGUUUGCAACUUUUUUGUUCCUACUAUUUCUUACGCCUCACCGGAGCCUUUUCUUCCUCUUCCUUUCCCCUUUCCUGUUCUCAGUCAUCUCAACUUCCAGUAUUCCCUAUACACCUUUGCGGUUUUAACGCUUCCUCAUAAACCAAUCAGUCAAAAUGGGCUUCUCUGCCGGUGAUUCCAAGAAGGGUGCCAACCUCUUCAAGACCCGUUGCGCUCAGUGCCACACCCUUGAGGAGGGCGGCGGCAACAAGAUCGGCCCCGCUCUCCACGGCCUCUUCGGCCGCAAGACCGGCUCCGUCGACGGCUACGCCUACACCGAUGCCAACAAGCAGAAGGGCAUCACCUGGGACGAGAACACUCUCUUCGAGUACCUCGAGAACCCCAAGAAGUACAUCCCUGGUACCAAGAUGGCCUUCGGUGGUCUCAAGAAGGACAAGGACAGGAACGACAUCAUCACCUUCAUGAAGGAGGCUACUGCUUAAAUGCAAUCUAUUUGAUGAUGGGCGUUGUUCUUGAGGAGUUAUGGGACUGUAUUAAUAAAAAGGGAGAUUUUUUUUUUUUUGCAUUAGACGGGCUUGGCACAUCCCUCUUCGUUGUUGUACCAUAGACUAGACGACUUGUGCUCGGCGAUUCUUGGUUGUUUUUCGACGACCACGAUAUCUCAAAACCUCCUCUGUAUGAAGUUACGAAGAAAUACCCCAUUCCCCCUUACACCCCCUUUCUUGAUCCCGUUCCUGCCGGGUAUGUAUGGUUUGGUGCUUGACGGUCACGCGAGAUUGAAGGCGACAGAGUAAUCACUGGUCAGCUUUUUUGAGCGUUUAAAAGCAAGGCAGGCAUCUUUCAGAUUUGAUGAUGAUGUUAUAAAGAAUGGAGGAUUAUCAUAUCUAACUGUAUUCAAAGUACAAUAAAGCAUCUCCGCUCACGCGAUAAUUUACAUCU